UUUCUUGCUUCUGGUUUCACAAAUGGCUCUGUGUUUUUUCUGAUAUAAGUAGGUGUGACCUUGUGACCUGAAACAAUAGGGUUUCCCUUCUAGCUCAUAUACUCACCUAUUCUCUGGUUUGUGGAGUGUUUUUUUUUGUUGUUGAUCUGAUGAGUUCACCACCAAGAGAGUUGCCUGAAUUCUGCAACGUGUAUCUCCCAGAGUACAGCUCGGACAGACUGCUCAUCCCAACAGCUUUUUUAGGGCACUUUAAUGGCGUUGUGCCUGAAAAGGCCAUCCUCAGAGGAUUUUCUGGGAGAGUUUGGCUCAUGGAGGUAGGCUUAAUUGGAAAGGAUGUGUACUUUCUGAACGGUUGGCAGCGAUUUCGGACAGAUAAUUCCCUAGAGGAGGGGGUCUUUUUGGUUUUCCGUUAUGAUGGCAGUCAUAUAUUUGAUUUUAAAUUGUUUGGGAGAAAUCAAUGUGAAAAGAUAGAGACUGACAACGAUCAACUUCAAGCUCAGAUGCAAGAAACAGAGCCCUUUCAACAGUUAGUUAGGUUGCAUUUUCUGAGCCUGCCAAGGAUAAAAGAAAGCUUGGAGUGGCUUGUUGGAACUACCCACAUAAUGCUAAAGAGUUUUACCAUGGGAUAUUGACGUAAAAGUGGU